ACACCUCCUGAUAUUGCUCAAUAUUUACUUGAGUGAAAGAAGUUGCAGCAACCUGAAAGAGAAGCUCUCAUUACCCACUUCCCAUCAUCCAAGUAAAACCCUCAACACUGUUGGAACUGCAAAGCCCUCAACACUCCAGGGCACUGUUGGAGAGAUGAGACAAUACCACCAGCUACCCUUAGUGGGGUUCCUAUUGUUUUCUCUCAUUCCAAGCCAACUUUGCAAGACGUGUGAGGUAACUGAAGAAAAUGAUGUCCAUCUAAACUCUCUGUUGAGCACAAUGACCACUUCAAAAUAUACAAGUGGAACCCAAUCUGCCAAUGUUCUGUUGUCCCUCAGACUUGUUGGGAUGCAGAACCAAACCCUAAAACAACAGCUGUCCCAACAAGUCAGAUCCAGUGUGGAGAUGAGAGAGUCAAAUUUAAGCUCAGGACAGCUUGCCAUGAUAAUACUUGCUUUGGGAGCAUGCCAUACCCCUGAUGAAACCUUUAUAUAUGAUCAUCACCUCAUCAGUCAUCUACAAAAUAAAUUCCAAGCAGAAAUUGAAAAUAUGGGAACACAUGAUGGCAAUCCACUGACUAAUUACUACCAGGUCAGCCUGGAUGUUUUGGUCUUGUGUCUAUUUAAUGGGAACUACUCAGUCACCAAAGUUGCUGACCUUUUCUCUCCUGAAAAUAAAAACUAUUAUCUUCGUGGCCAGUUCUCAGUAGACACUGGAGCGAUGGCAGUCUUGGCUCUGACCUGUAUGAAGAGGAGUCUAAUAAAUGGAAAUAUCAAAGCAGGUGAAGAGGACUUAAAGGAGAUCAAUAAUCACAUAGCAUCACUGGUAAAAAAAAUUCUAUCUCAGAAGAAAGAAAAUGGUCUCAUUGGAAACAUAUUUAGUACAGGAGAAGCUAUGCAGGCACUUUUUGUCUCAUCAAACUAUUAUAAAGAAAGUGAAUGGAAUUGCCAACAAACUCUGGACACAGUACUUACAGAAAUUUCUCAGGGAGCAUUCAAUAUUCCAAUUGCUGCAGCCCAGAUCUUACCUGCCCUGAUGGGAAAGACGUACUUGGAUGUUAGCAAAGACUCCUCUUGUGUCAGUGGUUCAGGUACCUUCAAUAUUUCCAGUCAUGUGCCUAAAUCUGUGACAACUCCUAACCCACCCUCAAAUAUAUCGGUCAAUUACUCUGUAGUAAUCACCAAAACAUAUUCCACCACCGUCACUGUGCCAAGUGGUUCUGUCUUCCUAGAUGUGAUGGAGGAAGCUCAGAAAAUAAAUGAGACUGUAUUUGGUUUCACAGUGGAGAAGAGCUCAUGGGGCCCCUACAUCACCUCUGUUCAGGGCCUAAAGGCCAACAAUAAUGAGAGAACCUUUUGGGAAAUUCUGAGUGGAGGCAAACCACUGAGCCAAGGAGUUGGUAAUUAUGUUGUCCACGAUGGAGAAAGCUUAGAAAUUCACUGGAGCAAAUACUAACAAGUCUAAACUUGCUCAGCUGGACGGACUUAACGCAAUGGGAUUCCAUGCAGAAAAAUUGUCUUAAUGCUUUCCUUUUCAUUUAUUCCAUUCCCAAGAAGAGAUUCACUAACCUUCCCUUCUUUUUAUGCAUAUUCAAUAAAAGAUUAAUAUGAUAACCAGA